ACUUUAUUCAGUUGACAGCAAGUAGGAGGGCUCUAUGGCAGGGGAAAAAAAGACAACACGAGAAAAAUUAGUAUUUUCUACCUUCAGAAAUUAAUGGCCAUGAGUUCGUAUAUGGUGAACUCUAAGUAUGUGGAUCCCAAAUUUCCUCCUUGCGAGGAAUAUUUGCAGAAUAGCUACCUAAGCGAGCAGGGGGCCGAGUACUACAGUGCCUCGCAGGGCUCUGAUUUCCAGCACCAGGGACUCUACCCACGGUCAAACUACAGCGAGCAGCCCUUUAGCUGUAGCAAUGCCCAAGGCUCUGCCGUGCAGCCGCGGGGUCACGGACAGGAGCAAUCCAGCCCAGCGAGCCACUUCCCCGGCCAAGCAGAGCAUUGUCCACCGCCUCCAAUGUCCAACUCGCGAGCCUGCAGCCAGCAGCCGUCCCUCAAACCCCCAAACGGGUCAGCACUUAAGCAGCCAGCAGUAGUUUAUCCCUGGAUGAAGAAAGUCCAUGUUAACUCGGUGAAUCCCAAUUACAACGGAGGGGAACCUAAACGCUCCCGCACAGCUUACACCAGACAGCAAGUCUUAGAACUGGAAAAAGAAUUUCAUUUUAACAGGUACCUGACCAGGCGCCGCCGUAUCGAGAUAGCCCACACUUUGUGUCUCUCUGAGCGCCAGAUCAAGAUCUGGUUUCAGAACAGAAGAAUGAAGUGGAAAAAAGAUCACAAACUGCCCAACACGAAGGGCAGGUCGUCUUCCUCUGGUUCAAACCCCCAUUUACAGACUGGUUCCAAGGACCAUCAGACUGACUUGACAACUUUGUAGAAGAGGUGAAAUUUUCCAUUUCAUCCUUCGCUUCUGGCCAGUACUGUACAUAACUGACAUUGCCCAAGCAGAACCUGCAUGUAGCAGCUAAGGAGUCGAGAAACUGUCAUCUUUCUUUAAGGUACUGUUGUACAAAGGAGACAAAAUGACGCUACUUUGGAUUUUAUUUUAUUUGCCUCUACUAGCACAACCUAAAAAAAAAAAAAAAAAAAAAAAAAAAAAAAAAAAAGAAACCAUGCAGGCAGGAAUUGGGAAAAUAUUAAACCAGACCUUCUGUCCAUAAAAAGUAAUAAAUAAUUGAAAAUUAAACUGUCCUGUGUUUCAGUUUUGAAUUCGAAAGUGAAGGUUUGAUGCUUUAUUCUGGAAUUUUUGCUUUUAAUUUUCUUUUUAUCCCAUGCAAUUUCGGGAGGAUGUAUUUGGGAAAGUUGAGAACAGGGAACCUAGAGCACAGUCUUUUAUUUGAACAUAAAGACUGGUAAUUGUGAUUUUUUUUUGGUGCUGCUUUACCUCUCUAGGUGUAAUGAAAAUACUUGCUCAUUUUCAUAACGUCUAAGAAGGUGUGCCUAGGAAUUAAGUGAAAACGGGUUAUUCUAUGUACUGGCAGUGUUAGCAUAGUUAUUUAUUUGUUUCACAGAGGAGUG